AUGCGUGCAUGUGCACGCUCCCCCGAAUGCGGCUUCCGUCGCGGCUACUCUUACAAUCAUCUUUACAGUGGAUGCAGCGACAACUAUGGCGGUGAUGCUCAAGACUGUCGGUCAAGAGGGGUUGCACGCGCAGAAAGAGAAGCAUAUAUACGUGCGCUCAACGCCCGACAAUCGCGACUCGACAGCGGGCCCAGCUUCCAAUCUCCAUUCUCGGCUUAUACGGAAUGCCACCCCGUAAUGAGCAGCCCCCAAUACGGUUUCCCUACACAAUCAGGAAUCGCUCUGGGAAUGGGCUUCAUGGCAUCUAGAGUCGGCAUAAUGGGAAUGCGGCCUUUUAGAGAUAGAACUACCAACAUGGGCCUGGAUAUGAGCGGCGACCGGCAGGGGCCAAGUCGCCCUUCUUUCUUUACCAGCGCACCCACAGACUCUCGAAAUCCAGCUUUCAACCUGGCCACUUCCCGGCGGAGACACUCUGACCUUAGCAGUCGGCGUUGUUGCAGUCAAAGACCGUGGCUCCAUAGCCAACGGCGCCCUUUUGUGGGCCAGUUGUUUGGUGAUGACGAUGAAGACAAUGAAAGCGACUUCAACAUGUCAUGGGGGUUUAAGCCUUCGAGGCAGAGAAGAGAAGGCUUCCACCAUCCGGGGCAGGCAUAUCGAGCUCCAGAGAGAUCAAGAUGGGGUUACAAUUUCCAAGAUCCUUGCGACUACAACGAUGACGACGACGACGAUGAUGACGACGACGAAAACGACUUUGAUGACUUCUAUCUAAUGAAUGAGCGACAAUUCAGAUACUAA